AAAAUAUCUCUGCUAUUACGAAUGCUCUAAGAUUUCUCUAUCUUUGCCAGUUUAUCUCUGCCAAACAUGAAUAUAUAUUCAGCAAAUCCACAGUAGGCGUUCCAGAUGAUCUGCUAGGUUAACCGGAAGAUCUGUUGGAGCCUGGGUAAAUGAUGCGUAUCUUACUGUAGAUAAGUCUCUGAUUAUUGAUCUCCCUAUUGCUCCAACAUGGCCUGUUUAUCUGCCACACUGCUGAACUCUCGUUCAUGGACUGCCAGAGUACAUGGUCCACAUCAUUUAUACCCCAACCGGCCCAAUCACACCUUUGUUGUCAGUAUGAAUGGUAUGGUUCACUCCAUGCGUGAGCACACACUGCUCAAAGCUUCUCUUAGCUCUUCUUACAUUGAAGUUGAAACUGCUAAGAAGGAGGGUGUCUUGACACUCCAAGAACUCUGCCAAGGCCAUGUGCCUGAACACAUCAUAUGCCGAAUGGAAGAGGUUGGUUAUGUUGUGCCAACCAAAGUGCAGCAGGAAGCAUUGCCCGUUCUCUUUGCUGGCUGUGAUUGUGUGCUUCAUGCUCAGACAGGUUCUGGUAAAACAUUGGCUUAUCUACUGCGGAUAUUCUCGGUUAUUAACACUCAAAGGUCUGCAGUCCAGGCCCUGAUUGUGGUUCCCACUAGGGAGCUUGGCAUCCAGGUUACAAAAGUUGCUAGGGUGCUCUCUGCAAACUCAGAACAACUAAAUUCUGGGGAGAAGUCAUGCACUAUUAUGGCUCUUUUGGAUGGUGGAACCUUGAAGCGACAUAAGAGUUGGUUAAAGGCUGAGCCUCCUACUAUUGUGAUUGCAACUUUGGGAAGUUUAACUCAAAUGCUUGAGAAGAAUAUUUUAAAGUUAGAUGCUAUGCAGGUGCUUGUAAUUGAUGAGGUUGAUUUCAUGUUCAAUUCCUCAAAACAUGUGAGCUCUCUUCGGAAGCUUUUGACAUCAUACUCAUGUAGAAAGAGUCGUCAAACUAUCUUUGCUAGUGCCUCAAUUCCCCAGCAUAGGCGAUUUUUAUAUGAUGCUGUACAACAGAAAUGGACAAAGGAAGAUGUAGUUCAUUUAUAUGUGAAUCCAAUUAUGCCAAUGCCAUCCUGUCUGCAUCAUAGAUUUGUGGUAUGCAGUAAAGGAGAAAGGUAUCUAACAUUGCUUUCCCUUUUAAAGUCAGAUGAACCUCAUUCUGCCAUAGUCUUUGUUGGUGUGCAAUCUGAGAAGUCAAAAAAAGCUGGAGAUCCACCGCCAACUACUCUUUUGGUCAAUUUUCUAAAGAGUUCUCUGGUGGGGUUUUCCGAAAUCAGUCUACUCGAGGAAGACAUGAAUUUCAAUCAGCGAGCAGCAUCCUUGACUGAACUGCAACAAGGAAGUAGCCAUCUUUUAGUGGCAACAGAUAUAGCAGCCCGUGGUGUUGAUUUGCCCGGGACAACACACAUAUACAAUUUUAAUCUGCCAAAGGAUGCAGUGAAUUAUCUCCAUCGAGCUGGAAGGGCUGGUAGGAAACCUUUUUCAGAUGAGAAGUGUUAUGUUACCAGCAUUAUAACACCUCAAGAGCAGUUUGUUUUACAAAGAUUUGAAAAUGAACUAAUGUUUUCUUGUGAACAGUUGUUCUUUGAUUUAUAAAGUAGUUCUUGUUUAAUGACA